AUGUGCGUACUAUUGUUGAGUGGUAUACAAAAGGAGGAAUUGGAUGUGAGCGUGUUGAACAAACUGCAGCGACACAAUGUAAACAUUCACGAUACAAACAAUGGUCAAUUACUACAGGAGUGUAUUACGUUACGUAAUAUGACUGACGAUGACACUAUCAGUACGACGGUGACGUAUAAUACGACUAAUGGAAUCACUGAAAACAUACAAGCAAAUAAUUCUAGUUCUGCAAAUAUGCAAAAAAAUACAAUCGAGUCUAAUAACAGUGACUCAUUAGCAACGUACGAUUCAAAUAUUAAGACUAAUAAUAACGCUAUACAAUAUUAUGAUGGGAAACCAAAAUUGGACAGUGUGUUGAAGUUCUGGAACGAUAUGAAAUUCGAUCAAAAGAUUACAACCGAAACUAUACGUGCAAAGAACGAUCCAGAAAGAUCUUACGUUCCAGAGACGAAAAACAAACGCGACGCUGACGAACACGACGAAGAGGAUGAUAUAAAGACCUUACUUGAAAACUACUUUAAAAACAAAAAGAUUAAAAACGGAAAACACAUCACAGAGGCCGCGACGAAAAGAGGUUUUAUUGACAACUAUAAAGACUAUGUAAAGUCGAGACGUAGUAACAAGAGAGAUGACGAAUUUAGUUCAGACCAUAAUCUGCCAUACUUGCUACCUUUUGACGGUCAAAAACAUUCUAGAAGUCCACUUAGAAUUAUCUCGGAUAAAGAUGAAGGUGGAUUCAAUCAUGAAUAUGAGGACAAUAGUAAAUAUUCUGAUGAUAAAAGAAUAUAUCAGAAUUCGUACCAGAGGAGACUUAUAGAUAAGGAGAGUUUGGUCGUCACUACGGAGAGACAGAGAGAAAAGAAUUUCUCACAGGACAUGAUAAAAGAAAUAGCGGACAGUGUUAAGGAACUUGUGCUUAGAGAUCUGAAACUAAAACUACAAGAGACUACAGCGAAGACUACGACUACGACUCAAACGACACAAGUUACAACGUCUUCAGAACCAACCAUGGAUAAUAAUAUAAAAAUUCAAGAAUCAGUACUAAAGAAAUUCCUCGAAAUGUUUGAAGAGUUUAAAUCUCUGAAGACUAACAGUGUAGUGAUAUCUAGUCCGCACAAUAAACAAAAUGUUCAACAGUUACUACCGCCCGCUAUACCUUAUGGAGCUAUACAAAAAGGAGCACAGAUGCCAAAUAACAAUCCGUACGGAUAUCCGAAGAGCGAUCCAAAAAUAAACUUCAAUUAUGAACCACAGGAGCAUAAAUUUAGAAUAAACGAAGGCACAGUCACAGUCAGAGCGCCCAGAAAACGAUUAAUACCCAUCACGUUUCAGACAAACAAUCUAGAAAUACCACCGUUAGGUAUACCCAUAGAAAAACCAAUGAAUCCUAUAAACCAGAACAUUGUAGUCACCACUGAAAUUCCCUACAGGAUAGGGGUCAUAAGUAACGCGUUGAAACCUAGGAACAAUCCCUUUGAGGAAACUAAAAAUAUUGAACAGUAUUUGUCAAAACCAAUCCACAUUCCUAAAUCUCGCGACAGUUAUAAAGUACCAAUAAACGCCGACGAAGUACGAUUCAUGUUGAACGACGGACCCAAACAUCAUAGCAAUUAUUACGAAAAGAGGAAUCCCAAAUACCAUCCGCGCUCAGACAACACCUAUAUAAAAACACAAGAAAUUCCACGCUUCCACGAACGACUGGAAAACGCUGAUAUUCUAGAUGUACCAGCCAAAAAAAGAUACACCGAUAGGGUCGACUGUUGUAACGAGAAAUACUCGUACUCAAAACAAAUGGUGGAGUGUUGCAACAGGAAAAUAGCAUCGAGACAACAGUUGUCCUUGAACAGUAUGAAGAAGGGCAGAUAUGACGACACACACUUUAAGAACUUCCUCAAAACACAACAGAAGGUCACUGACAUGCUGGAGAGGAUCCUCACCACCAGAGAUAAAGUACGAAGUGUUGAAACGUCUUAA